GGUUGCUUUCAUCAGGAUUGGUUAAUCUGACUGUCAUUCACGAAACUGGCCAAUGACAGCCUCGCGCGCCUUUUUGCUAGUGCAGUUUGAAAAUAUACUAAUCAGUUUGGUGAUGUGGGUGCUACUGAUCCGCAAGAUUAUUCGCUCGCUCAGUUCCUGAUUAUGUGCCUGUUAAAUUCUUAUUGUAAACUAAUUUGAACUGUGAGAUGUCAACGGAGAACAGAAGCUGGAAUGUGAACACAGAGGAAGGGCCAGACUGGAUGUGUGAGAUCCCGAAAUCAUAUGGCGAUAUCAGGUGGCACAAAUAAAGGGAAAUAGACUUGUCACCAUCUUCAGUCCUUUAUUUCAUUCACUGGAGAACAUCACAGCCUUCAGAUGUGUCAAAUUAGGAUAAAUGCAACUGCAGGACUCGUCGGGCCCACCCAACUACAGAUUCACCCAGGAUCCAGCUGAUCACUGCCAAUUUGAAGGAAGAUUGUCCUUUAUCUGCUACAUUGCACUCUCACUUCUGAGGCUGUUAAGAAGAUUGCACUGAUGUCAAAGAUCAACCAGCAAGAAUCUGAGAGGGAACUCUCAAAAUGGUUUACUGGGACAAGAGACAGAGGAGGACUGAGGGUCUAGAAUGCACAAAUGUCUGUCUGCAGUGAGCUGGACUAUGAAGAUCUGAAGGAAAUCAGCCUCCAGGUGUCUGUCACUAACAAGGCAGAAUAUCACUCAUCAGUAGUCAUAACGGAGACCAAGACGUACACCAUCCAUGUCAGUGUGAUCAACCAGCCUGAGGGCCCUCGCUUCAAACCCGCCGUCAAAGUCAUCACCAUCUCUGAAGAACACUCCAGCAUUACUUUAAACAAAGUCAUAACCAGAUACGUAGCAAUAGACAGUGACACGCUAUUGAAUGCAACUAACGUGAGGUAUGCAAAAGGACAAGACGUGGACAACUGGCUGAAUAUAGAUGGGAAAACAGCUGAUAUAAGACUAAAUAAAAUACCAGAUUAUGAGUCCAAGUUUCUGAUCAAUGGCACAUAUUACGCUCACAUCAUCUGCAUCACUAAUGAAGUCCCAGCUAAAACUGCAACAGGAACCAUUGCCAUUCAAGUCAAGGACUUUAAUGACCACUGUCCUGUGCUGAUGCAUCAGUCCCAAACACUGUGCUAUGAGGAUCAUGUGGUUUAUGUCACCGCUGUGGACAAAGAUCAUUUCCCCAAUGCAGAACCCUUUGGUUUCAAAGUGGACACCGUAAGAACAAAGGAGUCAUGGAGCUUCGAACCUCUCAACGGUACUACAGCGAUAUUCAGAUCUCAAAAAACACUGUGGCCUGGCGUGUACCAUAUGUUUGUGGAUGUGUGGGACCAGCAGGGGAAGAUCUGCCCUGGUCAGGAGCUUGAGAUAAACGUCUGCACGUGUGAUGCAGCUAAAGUUUGCCUGCCCCAAAAAAUCACCUCUAAGUUUGGAGCAUCUGGUGUUCUACUAAUGCUGCUGGGACUGCUGCUGCUUCUGUUGCUGCCGCUUCUACUGCUCUUCUGUCUUUGUGGAGGUGCAGCAGCUAUGGGAAAUUUCAAGCCCAUUCCAUUUAAUGCUAAAGAGCAUCUUAUUACAUAUAACAUUGAAGGACAAGGGGAGGACAAGGACAUGGCUCUCUUACAGAUGUCAACAAACCUGGACAAUGUCAAGCGGGGUAAUGUGGGUGCUGUAGGAGGAGGUCAGAUGUGGGGUGGAUCAAAAGAUGGUGGAUUUGGAAGAGGAGAAGGCUCACACUGGACCUCUGUCUAUGACCAGCAUGACAGUGCAUAUCACCACCAAAAAUAUCAGACUGAUGGGCGGUACAUGUAUGGACAAAGAAAAGAUGAACACAGCAGAUUUGAAGACUACACGUUUGAUGGACUUGCACUGUCUGAUGCUUUCUUAAGCAACUACUAUGCUCAAAAAGCAAGUCAUGUGGCUAAGAAGCAAGAUAUGGGAGAUUGUCUGAUAGUCUAUGAGUACGAGGAUCGGGAACCAUCCAAGGAAUCAUUUGAGGACAUCUGCGGUCUCAUACAGGAAGACAACGACUUGGCUUUUCUUGAUGACCUUGACAUGAGGUUCAAGACCCUGGCUGAGAUCUGUAUUGGUUCUAAAAUUGAGACUGAAAUCAGCACGACCGUCCCUGUGACCUCUAAACCGGUCCUGUCCACCACACACAAAGAUGUCAGCGCACAAAGCACAGUUAGUCAUUCACAGUCUCAGGAGAAAACAAGCACAUCCAUCAUUCAAACCGCAGGAGCGCAGCAGAGCAGCAGCAUGUCUUCAACAGGAGUCUAUGUCCAAGAGAAGGUGAUGGUUCCUAACCAAACCCUGUUAGUCCAGCAGCCAGCAAUGUACUACACCUCUGCCACCCCUGUUUAUGUGAUGGAAGCCCAGCCUACUCUGAUGAUGACGCCCAGCCCGGUCCUUGGCCUUCAGGAGAACCUGAUAGUAGAGGAGCGGAAAGGCACUGGUGCUUCCCAUCGUGGAACUACUAAACGUGAAGCGCAGCACUACCAGAGUCUAGUUCUCGUUGAGAAGCAGCCAAUGAAAGGGUCUAUGCAAGCUCAAGGAGCGGCCCAAAUUGUUAGCUCUGAAAUGAUGCAUUCCAUGGAGGCUCAAGGAGUUAGACAGGUACUCCAUCCAUCGGUUCAGCUGGUUAACACUGAAAUAAUGCAGUCCGUGGAGGCUCAAGGAGUUAGACAGGCGCUCCAUCCAUCGGUUCAGAUGGUUAACACUGAAAUGAUGCAGUCGACGGAGUCUCGUGAGGUUAGACGGGCAAUCCAUCCAACCAGAAGGCUGAUGGAGGGAGCGACCAGAUCGACGGAAGUUAGUGCUUUGUUGGAUAUGGGGGCUCCUCAGAGUCUGUAAGCACUUGGGAUGCACCGAUACUAAAUUUCUUAGCUGAUAACGGAUUAUUCAGAAUGACAGUUACCAAUACUAAUAGUUUGGUUUUCUUAAAGGUCCACUGAAGUGCCUUUAAAAGCGCAGCAUUAUUCUAUACGUCGACAUAAUCUCAACUAAGGAAGAUAGGGCGAGGCAUAUUGAGCAGCUCCACCCCUUUUAAAAAAAUGAACAAUAGCUUUUCAAUUAUAUCAGUUAGCCUUGGAUUCUAGGGAGCUUUUCAUUAAUUAGAAAAUCUGAUGAGAAGCUGAAGUGCUGGAUGAUGUCAUCAAAAUCAUUGAUUUUUUUGACUGGACGUUUUGAAUGUUUAUAUCUUUGAAAUGCAAAUUUUUGUUUUUGAGCACAUUAGCUUUUAGAUAACCUUAAUGCUAACAUAUUCAUAAAAGCCAAAAAAAAAAAAAAAAAAAAAAAAAAAAACUUCAAUACUGAUUAUCAUUCAAUACUGAUUAUAACAGUUACUUUUAAGGAAAAAAAAAUCUCUCCUAACUAACGCUGAACACUCUCGUCAUUAUAUAACAUUAGAGGUUACAUUUAGAGGUUAAGAUUACAAAUGCUAUUUAUUUUCAGAUAUAAUAAACACACUCAAAGGUAGUUUUCAUAAAAACUGUCAAUGUCAGAUUUAAUCAAACAUACAUAUAGAAUUAAAAAAAAAAAAGUUCAUCUAGUGCUUUUUAUAGCUAACUAAUGAACUAGUGAACACUGGAUAACUUUUCUAAAGGUAAAUACAAUGUUAUUCAUCACACACUGUUUUAUCGGUAUCUUUCCGCGGUUGAAACGCUCUUUGAAACGAUUAUAUUCAAUAAGGACUUACAUUUAAUCUUUCAACAUACCUUAUGAUUUUCAUUCAUGUUUAUUUGAUGCUGUGAUGUGUUAAACCAGAAGAGACUCUCUCUCCAAACUGCUGCUUGAACUGACACGCUACAGUGAUCUGUCACGCCACAUUUAAGAGCAUCAAAAUGGCAUUUGUUUAAAUUUUACAAUAUAAUACAAAACAUCAGAAGUCACAAAGCAAUAAGCAUCAGACACUACACUGUAAAAAACAAUAUGUUGAGUCAACUUAAAAUAAUUUGAGACCUGGCUGCCUUGAAAUUUUAAGUUCAGUCGACUCAAAAAAAGUUUAUUCACCUUGAAAUGUUAAAUUAUACUAAGUGACAACUUAGAUAUUUGAGUUGAAUCAACUUAAAAUUUUAAGGCAGCUGGGUUACUUACCCAUCUGUUAAGUUUAGCAAACACAAAUAUCUAAGUUGUUACUUAGUACAACUUAACAUUUCUAGUUGACUAAACUUAUUUUAGUUGACUGAAAUUAAAAUUUUAAGGCAGCAGGGUAACAAAUUAUUUUAAGCCAACUCAACAAAUUGUGUUUUUUAUUUUUUACAGUGUAGAAAUAAUAAAACAUAAGAGGCACUGCAAAUAAUAUUUGCUGAAGGGAAAACCUAUGGACCUGGCAACUUUGGCUUGAACUAUGAGUGAUUCAUAGGGUCAAAUAGAAUUAGCGUUAACAAAGCUGUUUUUUAAUAUGAUUGUGUUAAUGGGUUAUUAUCAACAGCUCAAUGUCUACAUUACAAACAUUUGCAGUCAGACACGUUUUUCGGAGUCCUUUUGCUUGACAGGAUACAAUUAGCCCUGAUCAUGGCUGUUUUUAUCGGUCUAAGAUUUUGUUUACCGACAUUGCAGUCCUGUAAUGUCAUCUAUCUUAUGAUUGAUAAUUUCAUCCUACAUCUGCGAGUUCACCUACACUUGCUCUUGACUUGAAAGGAUUUUAUUCCUGCCUGCUCAAAUAAUAAAAAAUCAGCCUUGCAGUGGUUUCUCUCCACUGGCUGCCUUAUCGAAUUCAAGACUCUGACGCUUGCAUUCUGGACUGAUUGUGGAUCAGCACUAUCCAACAGGCCCUCUGGGGUCUCUAAACUGCACAACCAGAUUUAAAGUCACUUACUAGAAUGAUGGAAUGAUUCUUGAGCCAGCAGCAAAACUUCUGAGCCAUCACACACACCUCCUGUAUGAGCACUUGAUCCAUAACCAUAAAUAAAUGCUUCUUAUUAGCAAUAAACCAAAAAAAAAAAAAAAAUAAAUUACAAAUUCUACUUUUUUAUGCUUGGUUAUGCAUUUACAUACAUUCUCUAGCAAUACAUAUUGUUUGCUCUUUUUUAUGAAGCUUGAAGUUGGUUGUGUUUUUGCUCAUUUGUAAGUUACUUUGGAUAAAAGCAUCUGUUAUAUAAAUAAAUGUAAAUAUUUGAUUGUUUAUUAGCACAUAAAGGCUGUAAUGAUCAUCAUUUGAUGAACUCCUGCACAAAUGGCAUCAGAAUGAUUUUCAUCUUCCGAAUUUUUAUAUGGAUCAAAAUCACACAGACUGGACGUUUUUAUUACUGCUGUUGUUGGUGAACUAAUAGUCUACUGUAAAUAUCCUUCAGUUCAUGUUUGAGCUCCAUUUAUUUGUUUAAACACAUUUACCAAUGAAUGGAAAUAAAACUAAUUUGUCCAAAAUGACAGUAAGUGGAAAAAUAA